CAAAAACAAAAAAAUACAAAGAGAGUGAGAGUUAGACUGGUGAGUGAGACUGAGAAAUGGCGUCGUUAUGUGGUGGCACCGCCUGCUUCCAGAUUCCGGCCAUAAACGGCGGCGGCAUACUGUGCAACCACACUCCAUUGAACACCAGAAGAGGGUGUGUUACCCUUUCCUCAUCGAAACUCUCUUCAUCAUUCAAAUGCUUGGCCAUUUCUUCUGAUUCCCGAAUAGUAAUUAAGGAAGCUGUUGAAACAGAAAAAGCUCCUGCAGCUUUAGGACCAUAUUCUCAAGCAAACAAAGUCAACAACAUUCUUUUUGUCUCUGGUGUUCUUGGUCUUGUUCCUCAGACAGGGAAGUUCAUCUCUGAUAAUGUUGAAGAUCAAACUGAACAGCUUCUCAAGAACAUGGGUGAAAUCCUUAAAGCCGGUGGUGCCAGCUACUCAUCAGUUGUAAAGACAACAAUUAUGUUGGCUGAUUUGAAGGACUUUAAGAAAGUCAAUGAGAUUUAUGCUAAAUAUUUCCCUUCACCUUUCCCAGCUCGCUCGACUUAUCAAGUAGCUGCCUUGCCAUUGGACGCCAAGAUUGAAAUCGAGUGCAUUGCAACAUUAUAACCACCAAUUUCGGUAGUAUAUCUAUUUAGUUCCUUCAACAAACACAGGUCAAUAAUAUGCAUAAGGAACAUGUAAUUUAGUAUUUGAGGUUUGUAGUUUACUUUUGUAUGUUCCCCUUAGAGAAUGGUGCUCUUGUCGACGGCAUUACAUUUACUUUGCUAUCCUAGUGAAUCCUCUAAUCUUCCUAUUACCUCUCAAGAUUAUGUUCCCAUUAAAAACACUAUGUUCUCUGCAGUUUUUAUAAUAUUGUAGUAUUACUAUUAGGAAAUGGUAGUAGAAAUUUUCACCUUAA